AUGGCCGCACGCGACCUGCCUCGCUUGGCUUGGGUCAUCCAAACUUACGGAGGCUUACGCGUUCCCGCCGUCUACGGAGAAGUGUGGACCCGAAGGCCCUGUUCGCUGCCCGCAUUUGGACUGGACCAGGCCGCCGCGUCUAAAAUGGACGAACUCCAUGAUCUCACCACCGUUGGCGGUCAUUCCUCUUCUCUUCUCCAGCCGUUGAGCAUUGACACGGAUGACUUGGUACGCGACAUAACGGCAACGCCCGAAGCUCUCUUGUCUGACAGGAGCUGUCACCUUCUGGCAUUUCGCCAGUCCCAAUCCGAGAACGGCGAUACCCACGGCUCUCCAAAAGCAGCAGCCUCCCUAUCCCUCUUUUCGUCCUCUGCCUCUCCCUCCUCCUCCUCCAUGGCGGCAACGAACCACGUUACGCCAACUGACACCCUCCCCAGCGGUUUCUCUAAACACGAGGUCACAUCAGUCUGCUACCGGGCCAUCGCGGCGGAUAAAACCAUCGCUGCCCUGCGAGUGAAAGUGGAGGAAGUGAAAUUAGGUGGCACAGCAGGCGAACCAACCAAGUCGAGCGUUCCCGCGGACGAGCUGGCAGCCGAUAACGCCGUUCCUGUUCUGACCAAGUCCAUGUCUCGAUUCAGUAUCGCCGUUCUCGCGGGUGACGACUCAGCUUGUUCGAAGUUGGACCCUGCCGCCCUCCCU